AUGAGUAACCCAUGUGACCCCCUCCCAUAUGAAUUCAUCCACAUAUCAUAUUCUCGCUUUUAUCGCCGAAGUUUAGCACCUUCCUGUUUUAGGUCUCUCCAACUCCACUGUGAGAGUGUCUGUGGUUUUGAGAAGUUGAUCAAGCUUUUUGUGUCUCCUGGGCUAAUCCUUCAUAUCCAUGGUCCUGACACUCUUCUUUGGGUCUCUUCCCAUUCAAGAGGUCGAUUUAAUUUGCAAUACGAGGUGGCACACAAUCCCCAGUUCGUAGAACUUCUCAUUUGUUUCAGCGGUGAACUGUGGCUUGGCUCCAAGCCUGAUCAGUUUGAGACUGAUGGGGACAAUACCAGGUAUGUGGCAACUGAGUUGUCAAGUGAUAUAAUCAUCAACGUUGGGAGUGUCAAAUUUUAUCUGCACAAGUUCCCCCUCCUGUCCAAGAGUUCUCGCCUGCAGAAGCUCAUUGCCAGUACAAAUGAUGAAAACAAUGGUACAAUUGACAUCCAUGAUAUACCCGGUGGACCUGCUGGCUUCGAAAUAUGUGCUAAGUUCUGUUAUGGUAUGGUAGUAACUCUCAAUGCAUACAAUGUGGUUGCGGCACGUUGUGCGGCAGAGUAUCUUGAAAUGUACGAAACUGUUGAGAAAGGAAAUCUCAUAUACAAAAUUGAUGUUUUUUUAACCUCUAGCAUUUUCCGAAGCUGGAAAGAUUCUAUCAUAGUUCUUCAAACAACAAAAUCUCUGAUUCCGUGGUCGGAGGAAUUGAAGGUUGUCAGUCACUGCAUAGAUUCUAUAGCUACUAAAGCUUCUAUUGAUCCUUCAAAGGUUGACUGGUCAUACACGUAUAAUCACAGCAAACUCCAAUCUGAGAGUGGCAAUGAGUCACAUUGGAAUGGUGUGAAAAAACAACAGAUGGUGCCGAAAGACUGGUGGGUAGAUGACCUUUGUGAGCUUCAAAUUGAUUUAUACAAGCAGGUAAUAACAACAAUGAAAACAAAAGAAAGAAUGUCUGCAGACAUCAUAGGAGAAUCUUUGAAAGCAUAUGCUUUAAGAAGGCUGCCAGGUUUCAGUAUGGGUACAGUACAAGGAGAUGAUUUUGCAAAAUACCGGUACUUGGUAGAUACCGUAAGUUCGUUAUUGCCUGCCGAGAGAAAUAGUGUUUCAUGUAGUUUCUUGCUCAAGUUAUUACAAGCAUCUAUAAUUUUAGAUUGUGGAGAGAUGGGAAGAAAAGAAAUCAUGCAAAGGAUUGCAGAACAGCUGGACGAGGCUACAGUUGGUGAUCUUUUGUUUCAUUCUCCAACUGGUGAAACGGCACUGUAUAACAUAGAGGUAGUACAUGACUUGGUCGAGCAGUUUGUCAUGCAAAAAUAUGGUGCUCGGAUUGAUGGCUCUGGUGGUAAUGAAUUUCAAGAGAUGUGCACUAAAUUUACUUCAGCCGAUUCCAAGAUUAAGGUGGCUAGGUUGGUUGAUGAUUAUCUUGCUCAAGCUGCAAGAGAUUCGUGUUUACCUUUGUCAAACUUUAUGGAUCUAGCCGAACUUGUUUCUGGCUUUCCAAGACCAACCCAUGACAGUAUUUACCGUGCUAUUGACAUGUUCCUCAAGGAACAUCCUACUCUGACCAAGAGUGAGAAGAAGAGGAUUUGCAGGUUAAUGGAUUGCAAGAAGCAGAGACGACUUCGGACGUGGGUACGUGUACAAAACGAGAGGCUCCCAUUACGGGUCAUUGUGCAGGUUCUUUUCUUUGAGCAAGCCCGAGCAAUGGCAUCCUCUGGCAGUUGUAGCACAUCUGACCUGCACGGGUCCAUCAGGGCCUUACUCCCGGGUGGGUCCCAUGGGAGUUCCAGGUCAGCAACGACCAACACAGAUGAGGAUUGGGAUACUGUCCAAAACAGCGAGGAGCUCAAGGCUUUAAAGGGGAAACUCACUUCUUUGACGUUGGAGAACAAAGGAGGAGGUGGCAAUGAUAAUAGCUCGAAUGAUGCAAAAUCAAAGGCAGAAAAAGUUGCUACCAAUAAAGUUAAGAAGAUAUUCUCGAAACUCUGGUCAAACAAGGACAGACAAGGCGAGAUCAGCAGCUCGGAUACAUCUGAGAGCCCGGCUUCUACAAAUGCAGAAGAGAAUAGGUCCACUCCUUCGAGAAGUAGGAGGCAUUCCUUAUCAUAA